AUGUCAAGCCCCGAUUACUACAAGAUUCUAGGCAUCGCCCAAGAUGCCACCCAACAACAGAUCCGCAGUGCAUAUAAGAGGGAAUCACUGAAAUCCCAUCCCGAUCGAGUCCCCGUCGACUCCCCAGAGCGACCCGCACGCACACGAAAGUUCCAGGAAAUAAACGACGCCUACUAUACCCUCUCAGACCCCUCGCGCCGCCGAGAGUAUGAUGCUACCCGCGCAUACCAAGCAGCCGAGGAGGAAGCCGAAGCAAAAGUCCCACCAACCGGCGGUGGUUUCCCCUGGUCCAGCUUUGGAUUCGGCGGGAACCGCGAAGAGCGUGACAGCGACCAAUUCGGCUCCGUCUUUGAAGAGAUGCUGCGCGAGGAGGGUCUCGCCGAGGAGACUGAGGGAGAAGGCGGCAGGCGCACUCGCCCAACCGGGAGGUUCUGGUCACUCGUUGGCGGUGUCAGCGGUGGUGCUAUGGGGUUCAUUGUUGGCAAUUUACCUGGUGCGUUGGCUGGCGCUGUUGCCGGUAAUCGUAUCGGCGCAAUCCGUGAUGCUAAGGGCAAAAGUGUCUAUGAGGUUUUCUUGGACCUUCCAACGCCAGAUCGGACGAGGCUCCUGAGUGAGCUUGCCGCUAAGGUCUUCCAGACUACUAUGGGACGCUGA